GGGGGAGGGGGGUACCGCACUGUCGUUACGAUCCAAGUGAAGCAGGAGGAGGAGGAGAGACGCAUUAUUGCAGCACAGAGCCACAGCACUUUACCGCACUUCACCACAAGACGCGCAUCCGACAGUUAGGUGGGGGGGCGACAGAAAUCAAAAAAGACAGACAUUUCUCAUGACUGGACUUUUUUUUUUGAAUUUUUUUUCCAUCUCUUAAUUUUGCACGGCAUUUGUGCCAGUGAGCUUUUUAGAAGAGAGCAACUCAAACAACCAGCCAAUCAGUGCUGCAUCUCCGUCCUCAGCAUCCAGGGGGAGACUCACUCGGAGGAGCUGCAGCUGCACGCAGGGAUAUAAUAAAACAUCCGUGGAUUUCUCUUUGGAUGGAUUAUAAUCUAGAAGUACUUUUCUCGUCCUUCCUGCUCUCCAGUGCAGUCUCACAGUGAAUUAUCACCCGGCCCGUUCAUACAGUGUAUAUCUCGGUGUAUUGCGGUACUUUUGCAGACGACUCUCUGUAUAAAUGCAUCGCUAGGAGAUUCUCCUCCACUGCGCAAAGACCCUUUACGCACUUUACUAAUUGAAAAUUUGGUCUUUGGUUUGGACCACUUCCUAGGCAUUUUUUGUCUUGUUUUUUUUUUCUCUCUGUGAUCUUACUGUUUUUUUUCUCGUGUUGUACUUGAGACCCUCCCUCUCCACCUCUCAGCCCUCCUCACCCUCCUCUUCAUCCUCCUCUUCCUCCUCCUGCUGCCCGUGAGUCAGUUCAAACAGCUGCAGAGAAGAUGUCAGCCCCAGAUGCCGCCCCAGGAGGAGCCCCCGGUGCUCCAGGAGCCCCUGGUCCAGAUGGAGCCCCAGGCGGUGGACCACCCAACACCUCCAGCAACCGAAGGCUACAGCAGACACAGGCCCAAGUCGAGGAGGUGGUGGAUAUCAUGCGGGUGAAUGUAGACAAGGUUUUGGAAAGGGACCAGAAGCUUUCAGAGCUGGAUGACAGAGCGGACGCUCUCCAAGCCGGAGCCUCCCAGUUUGAAAGCUGCGCAGCUAAGCUAAAGAACAAGUACUGGUGGAAGAACUGCAAGAUGAUGAUCAUGAUGGGUAUCAUCGGAGUCAUUGUGGUUGGAAUAAUAUUCUUGUACUUCUUCUACUGAGCUCAGCCCAUCAAUACAGAUGGAUAUGGACUUGAGAAUAUGAGAGGGAAGAGAAAAAAAAAAAGAUACCCAAGCGCCACUCCUCCCCUUUUACCCGUCCUCUCCUUCCUCUCUUCACACAGUCUUCCAUUAAACCAUCUUGCACUUAUUACAUGACAGUAGUGUUUAUAGGUGUCUCCGCUCUCUCUGUCCCCCUCUCCCUCCUUCCUUGUUGCUUUCUUCCACUGUUUUGGCGUUAAGUCUCACUCACUUCUCUCCUGUGUCUGCACCUCAUGUAUUAUUGAAGGACGCAGCAGGCGGAGUGAAAGAGGAAGAGAGGAAGGGAAGGAGGGAGAGAGUAAAAAUUCUUGUGACACGGGAACACACGGAGAACCUCUGAACGGAGCUACGGGGGGAAAUGUACAAUGUACAGAUGGUGAAUGUGUGCAGGGAGAGUUUGCAGUCCUUUCUACCCCGGAUACGCCAAAGCUUCUUCAUAUUACCUUUUUUGAGAGUCCUACAUUUGUAAGUUGAUACUGACAUGCCUAACUAACACACUCCUUCUCUCACAACUGCUACCGUCAUUGCUAAUUACUAACACAAGAUCACGUUAGAUUAAUAUUAGGAGCAUUUUUGUUGUGUGUGUGUGUGUGUGUGUAAUUGUGAUCCAAAGCAUUGUAGCCAAUAGCUUCCCCCCCCCCUCGAGUUUAGCUGAUAGGCUUUUAUUAGUAACUUUUUUCCUUUCCUGCCUAACUUUCUGCAACGUUCAGUAACGACAAUGAGAGAAAGACAUUUGAAAAAGGGGAAAGAGACUGUGUGAGAGUAUAGGGAAAGGAAGAAGAGAUUCAGGGAAAAGUAGAAAGCAUUGUAUAAAUGAGACAAACUCUUGGACUGAUAAGCAAUUAUUGAUAAAGUAUAAAGUAUAACUAUGCUUGGUGCUUGGUUUUUGCACCACAGGUAGAAGCAUAGUACAGGUAGUAGUUCUGCUUAGUGGUACAGUGAUAUGCACAGCAAGACAAACUGACAAGCAGCCACUAACAGACAAUCUACUGUACACAUGAACCGACCCAGGGGAAGGAAUCCUAACUCUGACUUGGACAGAGUCGCAGCCAUAGACAGAUGAAUGUGUAGAGUCACAUUAAAUUAAAACAAAACCAACAAAACAAGUACAACUUAUUUUGGAAGUUGUGCAGACAAAGCGGUUGUUAAAUUGUUGUUUAAGUUGAAAGAGAAAGGACAUGAUUUAGAAACCCAGAGCCACCCGGCCGUCCCGUCCCGUCCCCCGUCCCCCGUCCCCCGUCCCCCGUCCCCCCCCGUCACUCACAUAAAAACAGAUUCACCUGCAGUAAAUGCAAAAUGAGUUUGUUUCUAACUUGCAUGGCAAACCGUGUCCAUAGUUUUGCCUAUUUGUGUGAUCUGUGUAUCUGCCAUUUCUGAAUCUAACUGCCGAUUGUACAUUUUCUUUUGUUAGUGGUUUAAAUGACCUGUGUAUAAUGUCUUUCUGAUCUGAUAAUUACUGCUUAUGCAAUGCAAUGAUGCUCAAGAGUUUGCCAAAUUUGAUUAAUAUCAUUUGCUUUUGAGAGAAAAAUUAUAUUCAGAGACUGCAAACAACUGCUACUAUAGUGAACUGUUAAAAUCAUGUAGUAUUGUAUGGAUAGAACAAAUAGUGCACACAUGUCAGAUUAUGCUCCUGAAAAUGUGCUUAUGAAUUCUUUCAGGUUUUUUGGGGGGUUGUUGGAUGGAAAAGAAAAGCUAAGAUUCCUCUCUUCGCAUUGAUUUUGAGAGUUGAUCAAAUUAAGAUGCAUAAUUGUAGCAGUUAGUUAUAAUUAUCUGAUGAUAUUGUGCAGCAAUAUUGUUAGGUAAUUACCACAUGAGAUAUGAGAACAUGUUUUGUGAUUUACAACCUGAAAAUGCAGUAAGAUGAUGCAACUGGAUUUGCGAAAACAAAUGCAUGCUUACCACUUUUGCUGAUGCCAAUAAAUAAAUCAUCAACUGAA